AUGGCGCAGUUGUAUUGUCAGCAGCCAACAACUAGCCAAGAUGUCUUGGCAACAACACAAGACCAUGCUCAGGAGCAAGCGAUACCCGGCAAAGAUUCAGGAAAUGCUGUGGACGUUACUGAUUCUAAAACGAUACAAGAGGGGAGUUGCGCGUUAACACCUCAAAUUUCCGCAGACUCCGAACCCCUGGUGAAGUCUUCCAAAGCAGCUUCACUCAAUGCUAGAAAGCGCAGUCCGCCUGAGCCGCCAAAUUCCGAGCCCGGUAGCAAGAGAUCCAAAGCCUCGCCAUCACCCUCAGCACCAGAUGAUGGCCCUGCAAUUAAGCCGGUCUUUCCAAGCCCUCCAGACAUGCCCGCGACUACCUUUGACAAGGAGACCUGGCAAGGCUUCUGUGAAAUCGAAAGCGAGCCCGCAUGUUUCUCCGUCAUCCUCCGCGAAAUGGGCGUCGAAGGCGUGACCGUUCGCGAAGUCUUCAGCAUGGACCAGCAAUUCAUCCGCGAAAGUAUUCCCCAGCCAAUCUAUGGGUUCAUUUUGCUCUUCCACUACCGCCAGUUUGGUAACGAGAAUCAACAAAACGAGUGCUCCGAUAGCGUGUGGUUUGCCAACCAGUUACCAGCCCAGGACAGUUGUGCAACGCUGGCUAUGAUAAAUAUCCUCAUGAACCAGACCACAGAGGUUUCUAUUGGAGAGCAUCUACGGCAAUUCAAGGACUUCACCAAAGAUUUUACGCCGUAUCAACGCGGCGAGGCAUUUGCAAGUUUCGGUUUCGUCAAGAGAAUUCACAAUUCUUUUGCCAAGAAGAUGGACAUCCUAGAAGGCGACAAGUAUCUCAGCCACAAGGUCAAGCGUGCCAGGCGUCUCAAAACACAACUGGCUGAAAAGAGUAAGCCAAGAAAGAGAGGGACAAAGUCACGGCGAGCUUCUGCCGACUCGGUAGCUACAGACGAUAGUGAGGAGAUGGUCGAGAAUAAUGCACACCACUACAUUGCUUUCGUUCCUGCUGGUAAUGAGGUCUGGAAGCUAGAUGGCUUCGAUAAGUACCCGACGUGUGUGGGUUCCUUCAAGGCAGAACAAGGCGAGUCGUGGUUAGAGUCGGUUUCUAACACAAUCGCCAGCCUCAUGGCAGCAGGUGACGACGACUACGGUGUUAUAGCACUGACACAGUCCCCUCUAAUUCCCUUACGCAAGCGGGCCAGUCUUACGAUCAACACUCUGGCACAUGUCGAAGCACGCCUCGACUACCUCUCCCAAUCUGCAUCUCAAGACUGGAGACACCUCAUUAGUGCAGACGAGCAGCCACCCAGCCCUUCCAUGCUUGGUCUUGAGCCGUAUCUCGCUGCCAAUCCUGUGCCCGAGGCACUCAAGGAAGCCAUUGACAAUGAAGACACGCAGCAAGUUCUUGCGCGACGUCAGCAGCUGGUUAUCCAAGUCAACGAUGACGGUGCACAAGUCAUGAUGGAGAUGCAGAACGAGGCAGAAGAACACGCAAAGGCUACGCAACGACGCUACGACUCUGGUCCAGUCAUCAAGAAAUGGUUGGAGAUGCUAGCCGACAACGGCUAUCUGGAAGAGAAUCUUGAGCGCUUUAUGCCCUCCAAGGGGAAGAAGAAGUGA